CCUGUCAACAAGCUCAGUCACCAAGCGCGUCAGAUCAUGGCAGACACGUCGGCGUCGGUGGCCAAAUUCGUGGCAACGCAGCAACUGCUGAUCGACCUGGAGCGCAAGGCCGAAGUCGAGCGCACAGACAACCUGCGUCAGACAUUGACGACCGCGGAACUCGUGCAACGCGGCCUGUGUCUUGUCAAGCUCACCGUUGCGAGCUCGUACACUGGCUUUGGUGGAAAGUGCCACGUCGAUCUCGAACUCGUCGGCGGUGGCAAGAACGCAGCAGACAACCUCUUGCCCGCAAACAAAUUCCGCCCAGGUGAUAUCGUCACGAUAGAGCAGAAUAUCAAAGGAAGCUCGGGCGUCAACAUGAGCGCAACCUCGAGCAUGAAGCAGGCGAGCGCGCCAGCCGGUUCCUCUGAUGAUGGCCAGCAGCAGCAGCAGCGCGUGUCGGGUGUCGUUUACAAGACCAGUGAUGCGCGCGUCACAGUCUCGUUGUCCGAGCCGUUGCCCGACUACCUGCUUGACUGCGUCUUGCGCCUCGACAUGGGAGCAAACGACACGACAUACAAGCGGUGCUGCAACGUCAUCUCCAAGCUGGGUCUCGGCGCCUACUCUUCGCUGCCGUGUUCACACCUCGUCGACGUGCUGUUUGGACAAUCCAAACCGUUGUUUACGACGGAAAUUGCACCCUCUGCCAUUUCCUGGCUCAACCCUGGCCUCAACGACGUGCAACGCUCUGCCGUGAGCUUUUGUCUUGCCGCCAGUGAUGUAGCACUCAUUCACGGCCCGCCUGGCACUGGAAAGACCACUACGAUUGUUGAGCUCAUCAAUCAAAUUGUGAUGCGUCACGGUCCUGAAGUCAAAAUCCUGGCCUGUGGACCUUCGAACGUUUCAGUUGAUAACAUUGUCGAGCGCUUGGUUGCAUCCAACAAGACGUCGGUUGUGAGAUUGGGCCAUCCGGCUCGCAUGCUUCCAUCAGUGUUGGCUCAUUCUCUCGAGAGCGUCAUGGCGGCAAGCGACGCAGGAAAGCUCGUCGCGGACAUUAAACGCGAAAUGGAUGCUGCCACCAAGAAGCUUGCACGUCCAAUUCCUCGGCAAGAGCGAAAGGAGCUCUACAAUGAACUCAAGAAUUUGCGAAAAGAGCUGAAGAAGCGAGAGCGUGAUUCUGUGCAACAGGUUUUGCAAUCAACACAAGUCACCUGCUGCACACUCACCGGGGCCAUGUCCAAAAUGAUUGCGUCGUCGCCCAUCAACUAUGACUGGGUCAUCAUCGACGAAGCACCGCAGUCCAUGGAGGUUCAUUGUUGGAUGGCCAUUCUGAAGGGAAAGCGUCUCGUUCUUGCGGGCGACCACAAACAGCUCCCUCCCACCAUUCUCUCGGACGCUGCUGAAAAGAAGGGCUUGUCUCUUACGCUGUUUGACCGACUGAUCAAAGCUUACGGCGAUCAAGUCACGCGCAUGUUGACAGUGCAAUACCGCAUGAACGCAAAGAUCAUGCAAUGGAGCUCGAACGAAAUGUACGGUGGCAAGCUCACCUCCGCCCCAAGCGUGCAAGCCCACUUGCUAUGUGAACUCCCGCGCGUCAAGAAGACCGAAGAGACCGAAAGUGCGCUUUUCUUUAUCGACACGACCGGUUGCUCCCUGUACGAAACUGAAGCAGCGGACGAUGAAUCCAAGUCCAACGAAGGCGAGGCGGACGUUGUUGUGCAGCACGUCAAACGGCUCCUCGACGCGGGUGUGACGGAGCGAGACAUGGCGGUUAUCACCCCGUACAAUGCCCAGGUCGGACGCCUGCGCAGCAAGCUCUCUGUUCAGUACCCACAGCUAGAAAUUGGCUCCGUUGAUGGGUUUCAAGGCCGCGAGAAGGAGGCUGUGGUGAUUUCGCUCGUGCGCUCCAAUGACAAGCGCGAAGUGGGCUUUCUGGCAGAACACCGACGCUUGAACGUUGCCAUCACGCGUGCACGUCGGCACGUGUGCGUGAUUGGCGACAGCGACACUGUUUCGAACGACAAGUUUCUUGGACGGUUGGUCGACUGGCUGUGCGAGCAUGGCGAGCUUCGGAGUGCCGAAGAGUAUGCUUCCUAAAGCCGCCCCAGCAACACUUUGGUGAUGUGGUAGUUUCCAUCGUGGUUCAGUGUUUCUUUGCCUUGGUGUGUGUUGGUGUUUUGCACUGUUACCUGUAAGCACGAGAAUUCGCAGGUCUCCCCGCCACCUCCCAUCUGAUAAUUCUUUCCAAACACUUUGCUGAC